CCCGUUGACCCUUUAAAUCCUGUGGAACCAAUUGAACCUUGGUUACCUGGAACGCCUAAAACACCUUUAAAACCAACCAUGCCCGGAAAACCGGUGGGCCCAAGUGAACCUAAUGGUCCUGUGGCACCUGGUGAGCCACUAGGUCCAGGAUUGCCCGCAUUUCCGGGUAAACCGGUUAAUCCCAUUGUUCCGGUAUCUCCAGUGUUUCCUGGAACUCCGGAAAGGCCAAUAGAUCCAGGCAAACCAGCUUUUCCAGUACUUCCUGAAUUUCCUAUUAAUAAUAAAAAAAUCUUUAUAUAUUUCUAA